CCGGAUUAUUUCAUGGAUGCGAUGAAGAGCAUCGGGCAUCGUCGCACGACGCCGGUGCAAAGACAAUGUUGGCCGCCGGCGUGCGCGGGUAGCGAUGUUUUAGCCAUCGCGCCACCUGGAAGCGGGAAAACGUUAGGGUUUUUAUUACCCGCCAUCGAAGCCGCGCUGAAAGAUCACAGAGAAAAUCCAAACGUGGGAAAGAAACGGCCCGGGGCGCCGGCGGUGCUCGUCGUCGCCCCGACGCGGGAACUGACUUUGCAAAUAUCUGGCGUCUGCAACAAACUGAAGAAAGCUGUGCCGGUACGUGCGGUCGCCGUGUACGGUGGAGCGUCUCAGGAGGAGCAGGAAGAGGCCUUGGCUCAGCAUACGUCGCAAGCUUUACUCGUCAUCGGCACCCCGGGGCGAUUGCUCGCCGUUCUCGAAUCAGGCGCCCUGCAGUUGGAUAGAUGCGCGAUGCUCGUUUUAGACGAAGCCGAUCGCAUGCUCGCCCUCGGUUUUGAAGAGCAGCUCUCUACGAUUCGCGAAGCGCUGCCUGACAAAGACAGCGGCCGCCAAACUUUGUUGUUCAGCGCCACGUUUCCAAAGGCGGUGCGCGCCAUCGGCAAGACGUGGCUCCGCAAAGGCUUUGAGACGGUGAAGAUUGAUUCAGAGAAGGCGACAGUGCCAAAAGACGACGACGACGUCAACGUUCACAUGGCGAUCGUGGAGCAGACGGUACACGUGUGCGCCGAGCACAAAAAAAGUCGCAAGUUGAUGAAGUACAUCACAAAGCUUCGCGCCGAAGACGGGCGCGCUCGUAGCCGAGUCCUCGUCUUCGCCAAUCGCAUCAAAACGGUGCAGUUCAUCGCGGAUUUGUGCAAGAGACACAAUGAAAAAGUGAGCACGCUUCACGGAACGAUGAAGCAAAACAGACGAGAUCAGGCGUUGAAAGAUUUCAAAGCGGGGAAGACUCCGGUGUUAAUCGCCACGGAUGUCGCCGGUCGCGGCUUGGACAUCGCGGGACUAGAGUACGUGGUGAAUUGGGAUUUUCCAGGAAGCAUAGAACAAUAUCGCCAUCGUGUCGGGCGUGCUGGACGACAAGGCAAGAAAGGCGCCGCGCUCUCGUUCUUCACGCGCAAGUUUACACCGCUCGCGAGUGAUUUGGUCAAGCUGCUCGAGAAGGAUGGCCAUUUUGUCGAUCCCAACUUG